CCUCCGUGGUUUGCAGGGAUGCGAUGCUCCGCUCCAGGCAGCGGGGUUGGUUUUUUGUUUUGUUUUUUUGUGGGGUUUUUUUCGGGUCUUGGCGUGGCGUUCGCUCCCCCGAAAAUAAGCUUGCAAAAGAAGCGGUUUUUACGCUCUUAAGGACCAGGUGCGAGCUCCUUUGGUAGGAGGCACCGAAGAGAAGUUCACUUGCAUCGGGGUUUAAAAUCCUGCUAGCUUUUGGCGGCCUCUUUCCCCCUGAAUAAGAUUGAAGUGUAUCUAGGGAUGAAUGGAUGACUGCAUACUCGUAUGAAGAGGAAAGCCAUAAAAGACAUCAGCGCCUUUGAGAACAGAAUGUUAAUGCUGGAUGGGAUGCCGGCAGUCAGAGUCAAAACAGAGCUGCUGGAAUCUGAGCAAGGGUCUCCAAACGUCCACAACUACCCAGAUAUGGAAGCUGUACCCUUGUUACUAAACAACAUGAAGGCAGACCCCACAGAGGAUUCAUUAUCUACAGACCAUUUCCAAACACAGACUGAACCAGUGGACUUGUCAAUAAACAAAGCCAGGUCGUCCCCUACAGCAGCUUCAUCUUCACCAGUUUCCAUGACAGCAUCAGCCUCCUCCCCUUCUUCUACUUCUACUUCUUCUUCUUCUAGUCGGCCAGCUUCAUCACCCACAGUAAUAACAUCAGUAUCCUCAGCAGCCUCUGUACCUUCAGUAUUAACUCCGGGUCCUCUAGUGGCCUCUGCAUCUGGUGUUGGAGGCCAGCAGUUUUUGCACAUUAUCCACCCAGUACCACCUUCAAGUCCCAUGAACUUGCAGUCCAACAAAAUGAGUCACGUGCACCGCAUUCCCGUGGUGGUACAGUCGGUACCGGUUGUCUAUACAGCUGUGAGAUCACCUGGGAAUAUGAACAACACUAUAGUAGUACCACUGUUGGAAGAUGGGAGAAGCCAUGUCAAAGCACAAAUGGACCCCCGAGGCCUAUCUCCCAGACAAAUUAAAAGUGACAGUGAUGAUGACGACCUGCCAAAUGUGACCUUAGAUAGCGUUAAUGAAACUGGAUCGACAGCGCUCUCCAUAGCCAGAGCAGUACAAGAAGAGAGCAUGUGGGGCUGUGCCAGGUCAGCCGUUAACCCUUUUCGUUUUUUCAACUCCAGUUCAAUUUCACCAUUCAGUAUUGAGAGCACAAGGCGUCAGAGAAGGUCCGAGUCUCCAGACUCCAGGAAGCGGCGCAUCCACCGGUGUGACUUUGAGGGAUGCAACAAAGUCUACACAAAGAGUUCCCACCUGAAGGCUCACCGGAGGACGCACACAGGAGAAAAACCCUACAAAUGUACCUGGGAAGGCUGCACCUGGAAGUUUGCUCGCUCCGACGAACUGACAAGGCAUUACCGCAAGCACACGGGGGUGAAGCCGUUCAAGUGUGCGGACUGUGACCGCAGCUUCUCCCGCUCAGACCACUUGGCGCUCCACCGCCGCAGGCACAUGCUGGUUUGAGAAACGCUUACCUGCUCCAAGCCGAGUUUAAGAGCUGGGUCUCUUAAAUACACAGAGUGAAUUCAGCAGGGCUGAAUCCCUCCUCUGCAGUGUUAACAGGCAGGGCUUUCCCUGAUGUCCGUAACAAAAAAAAAACAAAAAACAAAACAAAACAAAAAAAAACAGAAAUCUAAAAAAAAAAAAUUAAAAAAAAAAUUAAAAUACAUAAAAAUAAAAAUAAAAAGCAGGAAAAGAAGUGCCACUCUUCUCCUCGCCAUCUGAAGUUAACCCUGUCUGCCCCUCAGCAUGGCUACCCCCCUGAAAGUGUCAUCACAAUCACCUGGGAAACAGCAGCCAAAAUGCUACAGGAAUGGGCAUUAUUUUACAUGCUGCAUCCUUUGACAAAAAUGUUUAUAGCUUGUAUGUUUUCUCAGCUGUCGGACAUUUUGUUCCUGAAAAAUCACUGCUGAUCGGAGGAUUAGAUACCAGAAAUGGAUGAUGAUGAUGAUGAUGAUGAUGAUGAUGAUGAUGAUGAUGAUGAUGAGAGCAAGACCGUUAGACCUUUAUUAUCCUAUCUUUUUCCCUUGUUUUGAGUACCAUCUGGCCGGUGUCAGCAUUAUGCCCGAGCUGUGCUGCAGAUAAGCUGCGUGUGAGUAGGCAAGAAGGUUCUGCUGGAGAGGUCCCGCUGUCGGAGCUGAAGGGUCACUUGAGCAGACUUUUGCAAUAAGGAUGGUGGCAUUUUAAUAUUGUACCACAAUUUGUCAUUAUGCCCUAGAGGACACCAGCCAUUAAUCUUUUUUCUUUUAUCUUUUUAUCGUUUCCUUUCUUUUCUUUCUUUUUGUUGUUGUUGUUGUUGAAGUCUGUAAAAUAAACGAGGGGAAGCAGCAUUUCUGCUGAAAGUACAAUAUUAAUUAUCUUUAUUUUACCAUGGACUUAUUUAGAACCGUUUUCUGAUUUGUGUAGGAAGAGCCCAUCUGAAAACUACUACCCUGUUCUCAACGUGCAGUUUUCUUUCAUCCAGGUAUCCUCUUCCCCACAACCAUUGUUUGAACACAAGGGAUCUCUUGGGUUAGUCAGAUCUUAACACUUGCUGGUACCAGGGUUAGUGAUGUGGCCACUAAUGAAAUGGAACUGAAUGUACCAACAAAACAAAACAGAGAAGAAAUGGCUGCAUCUUCUGCAGAGAAAAAGCAAUAAUGAGUAAAAUGGCUCUCAAGACAGUAAUUUUCUCCACACCAACAGAAGGGGGGGAUACACAGAAAUAGCACAUAAGAUCAUUUAAGUUAAUUUUUCCAGUGGUUUCACUGACCUGCUAGGUACCAUAAUCAAGUACUUUAAUUUCCUUUAAUGUAAUACUUAUGUCUGUAAAGCAAGAAAGUGCUGAUGGUUGAAGAUUCUGUAGAUGAACCAUAAGUAGGAAGGAGAAAUGUUUCUGCAGUGGUGCUCUGCAAGACAUUAGGUUUCUCCCUGGGAGCUAGGGAAUAACAAGAUUUUGCCAGCUGUCUAAUAUGGUAUAAAUGGCCCUUUAUAUGGGUACCAGUGGCUGCCUCUGCUGGGAUUUUCAAUCCAAGCCUUUUCAGAUUAAAUAAAAGGAAAUUCUUGAUCAUUCCCAUAAAGCCCUGUAAUUGUGAGCAAAUUUGUAUUAAAUGAAUUAUGUAGGAAAGAGAGAAACUCUUAGUCAUCAGUUGUUCAUACAAACGAAAUAGUGUUUUUCUCUUUUCUUUCCUCACAAGGAUCUGCUUAUUCAGCUAAAUUUGACAAAGGAGGAGGCAAGAUUUUUGUAAGUGUUGAGAUUUUUAUAGCUUGUAGAUGAAAGAUGUAUACAUAAAGGUCUUUUGCAAUGCAUUUAAUUAUGAAUAUUUGGUUCCAGGAAUUGCACAGAUUAAUCUUGUGAUGCCACUUGUUCAUUUUUAAAGGUUCGACCAGUCUGAAUUAAAUCCUGAUUCCUGAAGUAACUGUAGAAAUGUUGGGGGGAUUCUGAAAUCAAGGUAAACCUAAAAAAACCCACAGCACACAAUACCCAUACCCAUACUGAAAACAAUUGCAGCUAAUUGAGGAUUAUUAUAGCAGCAUUCAGAGGCCCCAGAGAUUGUCUUUAAAUACAUUCUUAAUAUUCCCUAGCACUGGAUUGGCAGUCUGAAGGAAGAACUGCUAAAGACCAGGUUCUCCUCUGCCAAGUGGUCAGCAGAGAAGCCCAAUACAAGUUAUUUGUAGCUAUGUGGGGAAAACGCCUCUAUGAAUUCCCAUUGACUGCCCUGGCAAUCAACUUCACCUAAUUUGGCAACAUUUUAGUAUCCGGCUCCAAAUCGGGAUAAAAGCAGAGGCUCCAAGAGUCCAUGCAAAGUGUGGAAAGGCUGCCACGGAUCAGGGCUUCUAAAUAGGCCAUGAGGAAUUGCAGGGCAGCAGAAAGGGGUCUUUACCAGCAGUGUGACUGCCGUUGGUGUAAAAGGCUGGGUGUUAGUGUUGUGUGUGAGAUGGUUCAUGGAUUAUGUGUGAGGUCUGUCUUUUAUGUAGUUCAGUAUUGUCCUCCUAAAUGGAUCUGUCAUUCUCAGCGUCUAGGGGGAGGAGUUGGGUCAGGUAGAAGUCAAUUGAUAAAAUUAUUUUCCUGCCCGUGAACAUUUUACUGAGUAAUUAAUCGAAUAGCAGUAAUUCUUUUAGCAUUAAAGAACCAAUGGCAUAUGGUAUUCCUUUUAGGAUCUGUGAUUUUUUUUUUGUCUCCCAUAAAAAAUCAUUUGUUUGACCAGAAAUUCUUAGAGCUUUUCUGUUAGCACAUAAGAGGAGCAGUAAGAGAGAUCAUCUCUGAUGUUAUUCACAAAGGCUGAGUGUAACUGGGAGAGAUCAGUGUCAUCUUUAGGCUGCCCUGCAGUCCAUGAAGACAGAAAAACUCCUCCAGGAGAAAUUGAGGGGCCUUACAUUUCAGCAUUCAGCUCUGAUCUGCUCCAGAGAGGAGCAUAUGUAUCACAGGCCCUGGAGAGGCUCAUCUCCUGAGGCCAAGCUUGUGCUGUGUGAAUUCCUUGUCUUUCAGCUGGUUCCCUGUUACUUAAUGUGUAGAAAACACUGGGACAGAAAGAGAGUCUGGUUUUAUUCAAGGAGCCCCAAAGCAGCACACACACCAAGGAACACAGGGACAGAGUAUGUUAGUGGUAAUAAAGCCAAAAAGGUAACAUCGUGUAUGCUCAAUUUUUGUAUUUCACAGGAAGGAAGUAUAUCCUUAAGCUUCCUAGCACAUGUGCAAGGGCUUGUGUGCUGCUGUUGCCUCCAGACAACUUACACAACCAGCAGUAGUCCAACACUGGCUUUCAGGUACCUACUAUGGUUCUCGGGAAGUUUCUGAUUCAUACCAGCACCCAUAGGCUUAAAAACCCCGAAUACUCUGUGAGCUUGUUUACUGGUUUGUUUGCUCCUUUUAAAAUAUUUUAAAGAGAAACUACUCUGCAGGAGAGGGGUGCUUGGAUGUUGAGCUCAUGUCCCUCAGAUUCUCAGGGUGUCCUUCACUCAGCAGCUGCUCUUCAAAUUUGUGCUUGUGCAAAGACCCAGGGUUAUUGCUCCAAGGUAGUUUGCUCAGAAAUCCUGGUAUCCCACCACAGGUCCGUGACGUUUUAGUAGGUCUGGUGAAGGCUUACAUCAUAUAUAGCAUGCAGAAAUACCAGGUCUCAUCUUGACACAACACAGUAGAUCCAUCUUAAUUGAACAGUUGGGAGAGACAAUUAUAAAGUGUCCCUUUCUUUCAGAAAGACAUAGGUUUAUACUUAAGUGUGCAUAAAGAAUGGGUAAUAUCCACCAUACCCAUUAUAGGAAUAUAUAUAUAUACAAGGGAAACUAUGCCACAAGUGUCAGACUUGAUGCUUUCAAAAGGAUUCAGUGGAUUUGUCAGGAAAUCUCAGUAGCCAGCAUUAUAAGAAAACGUAACAAGCAAACAUCUUUGAUACAGAACUUUAAAUUUUAAAUUGUCAUUAUUUUUUUAGCAACUGUUUUAUUCAGCACUGUAAAAUUGGCUCAUUGCAACAGCAGUUUGUACUUGAGAAUGAAGAUGCAGUAUUCCUUAUUCUCUAUCAUGCUUACACAGUUAAUUAAAUAGAUUUAGACUGACUUGUGUAUAUGAUUAUUUCCCCGAGUAACAUAUAACAAAAUUAACAGUGUUGAAAAUUACAUCAGUGAUGUUGUUGUUUGGGAUAAACUCUUCAUUCACAGUGCAGAGUAUGGACAAAUAGCUGGACAACCUUUCUCCCCUUUAAUUGUGGGAAUAACAGUGAUCAUAAGUCUUGUUUUCCAUUAGCCACAUUGAAAAUGUAUUCUAGUUGCCAUUUAUAAAAUUAUCUUCUGAUAAUAAAUGCUGUUUAAUGGAAAAAAUCUCUUUCUCCUUUAUUGAAGGUGGGUACCUCAACAUUGGAGUAAGUCUCACUUAAUAUCCAGCUUAUUUUUUUAGUUUGAACUUUGGUUUGGAAAGAUCAGUUUGUGAAACUGCAUCUUCCACAGCAGACAAGUCUUUUGAUUGUUCAGUAAAUCCACCCUACUCAUGCAUGCUCAUCCGUACACCCACACAUAUAAACCUCAGCACUUCCAUGUGCCUCCACCCAUGUGCAGGUAAUAAACUCUAUUUUUUAAGAAACAAGGGAAGGGGAAGAGUUGGAAAUAAACACUGUAGAAGAAAAUACUACCUUCUUAAGAAACCAGCUCAUGUUAUUGUGUUAUGCCUUUGGCUGUGGUUUAUAACUGGAGAACAAAAUUUAAGAUUGCUUUCUUUUCACAGUUCUGCCAUAAUGUAAUAGUUGCUGUGUCGUGUAUGCUUAUAAAAUCACACCCUGAUACCUGGAAAAGGCUUAAAUUCUGCACAAUUUCUGCAGUAAAUCAGGUUUUAGCACAAAAAUGUAACUAUAAGGAUACUGCAUCUUUAGAAAAACCUUGAAAGUACUUUACUGUACUUGUAACAGUUUAAAUAUUUUGCAAUACACGUGAUAGUAGAAAAGUAUUUUCAAACCCCAAGUUUUACAUGGGGUAUAAAUAGGCUAAAUGAAAUACAUUUUUUUAAAAUCCUUUAAUCAGAAAAAAUGGUAAGAUAAUACCUUGCAAAGCUUAAACACAAUGUAAGAAGUAAAUUGUUCUGUUUUGUCAGAGCAGGUUUUCUCUGCAAAAUGGAGUGGCCACUUCUUUGCUGUUUCACAGCAGAUGGUGUGCAAUAUAGCAGAGUCAUACUCAGUCCUUCAGUGUCGAAUAAGUCAACACUCAAAAUGUCUUUGACUGGAAAAAGGAAUAAAAAUACUUAAUCACAAUGAAAGUGUAUGAAAGGUUUGGGGCUUUUUGUGUGUUCGGGGUUUGGGUUUUUUUGGAAGUUUCGGUUGUUUGGUGUUUUUUUUUUUGGUUGUUUUUUUUUUCCUUCUGGCAUUUUAUAGUGGAGUACAGAUAACAGCAAAGUCUCAUUUGAUCUUAUUUUUUGUAUUUCACUGACUACAAUGCAUCUUGAAUAGUUUGCAGAGCUGAAAGAGGCAGCUGCUCUUUGCUGAUUCCAGGGGAGUUUAGUCUUCUAGGUGCAGUAGCAUGUCAACAAAAUCAAUUGUAGAAGAACAGUUUUGACAUUUAAAAUGCAUGUACACUUCAGCAAGAUAGCCUAAAAUCUAUUUUAAAAGAUGAAACAGAAACAGAAAGUGCCUGUAAUUAGAACUGAUGGGAUGUUCCUAUACUUUUACACAGCAAUAACUUGCAGGAUUCUCUUCACAAUAAGGUGAAAGUGAAAUUGUACUCUGAGAACAAUAAUGCAGCACAGAAACAGACACAAAGUGCCAUUUGUAUUUUCACAUGUUGAGAUACUAUGUUAGAAGUUUUAGUUGUUUUCUCAGAUAACAUCUGUCAUACCUGUAAGAAAAAAGAUUCAUCUUGGUUUACAAAUUACUCAUAUCUGUAUCAGUUCUCUGUAGGUGUGAAUGGAGGUCAUUGUCAAGCAGUGUUUUAGGGGUUUUCUUCUUAAUUUAUGUCUGAUGUGCCCGUGUAUUCAGGGUAUUAUUUAGUGAAAUAAUCCAAAAACCAGCAAUAAGCCCAAUGGAGCUUUUUUAGGGUAUGUGGUAGAGUAGAGAUUCUCUUGAAAAAUCCUCUGCAUCGAACUCUGGAAAUACAAGAGUUCACCUUAUGUCUCCUUUAUGUCAUGUAAUCCUUAUAGUAUUUAAUAUCUUAGAACUGGUUGACUUCAGGAGAGGACAAAAUGUGUCGCUUGCUUUUCUUUCUUUUGGGGACAAAUGAGUAAAAAAUAGGGGACUGUCAGUUUAGAGACCAUUUGAAUAGCAAACAGGAAGUUGGUAUUUCUAAAAUGGAGUAAGGAUAUUUUUAUAUUGAGAGGCCUAAACAUUUGCAUCAGUAGGUUUAGUGAUCUUACAAGAUAAUGGCCAGCUGUGACUCUUCCAAUUUUUCUCAAUUAUUUUUUUAAUCUGGUAGAUUUCUGUAAGAAAAAAAAAAAAAAAAAAAAAAAAAAAAAAACCCAACAAAAAAGCCCUUAACUAUUGCUUAUGGAUUCUUGAAAUAGCAGUGUAGUGCCAUCCCAUCUGCUUCUUCUGUUCCUAAAAAUGAAUUUGUUGAACAUCAGAGUGUAACUGGUUGUCCUAGUACCUUUGUAAUGAAGACUGUUUUCCAUCCUCUAAAUUUAUACCAUUCACUUAUCCAGGCAAAAUUUUGUAUUUGAAAAAUUCUAGAUUUUGCCUAGACUUUUGCUACCAUUGGUGGGUUUCUGCUGGAGUGGGAGGACUGUUCUUUGGGUUUUAUUCACUGGGGCAGGAUUGGGUGUGCAUAAAGAUGCUCAUAUACAGAAGAAAAUGUAGUAGAAAAAAAAAAAAAGAAAACCCAAAACAAACACAUGGACCCACAUGUGAAAAUGAUAAAAACUAGAUGUUUAUGCAUAUUGGUUAAUCAUGUAACAAUACCUAGCCUUAUUUAGUAACAACUUAUUUUUAAAUAUUGGCCAAGAUUGGAAAUAAUCCCAUCAGAAUAUGCAUCAGAAUAUUCUGUCAUUCUGAAUGUAAUCUCCAGAUAUUAAGCACAAGAAAGAAUGCAGUUCAUGCUGGGGAUUUUAGGAAGGCACCAGGCAAUGUAUCAUCAGAAGGACAAAGGAAACAUUGGUUUCUUACCUCAUAUCUGGGCUAUUGUUGGAAAGGAGGAGGGUUUAUUUCUUUGUUCUGGAGCAGCUCUACAAAAGAAGCACCCUUGGAAACUUGCAGUGCUGGGAGGUUUGGCUGAUUCCAGCCCUGUGUGUGUUAGCUCUUGUGUAGGGAAGGGCACCUUGUCUUCACCUUCCUUCAUUCUGUAAAACAAACACAAGACUUGUUUUAUUCUCAGUUUCACUAGCUGCCAGCAUACCUCUAUAGCAACUUGUGCUUAUUGACUUUAAAUUAUGAAAUAAACUUGGUUACCCUUCUAGUUAUUUUUAGGUUAUUCAUUACACAGUUAUUCAGUCCUCCAGGCAAGCAGAAUCAUGAAAUUGAAUUUUAGCUUUUACAAAAAUAAGAACUAAAAAAAAUUUGAGGUCCUGUUGUCUGUACGUGUGACCUGAAACAUCUUCCCCAGCUCAGUCUCAAAAGUUUUGGUGAGCCAAGAUGCUGUCAGUUAUAAAAGAAGUGAACUGUGGUUCACACCUACAUUUGCUAAACCUUGUUCCAUGCUGGGACCUCUGCAUUUGAAAAACAAUAGUUCAGUGUCUGGGAGGGGGCUACAGGUGAUAGUUUUGAUGGAUUGUCACAAUCAUCAUGAACCAUGAAAUACAGAUUCUGCUUUUCUCCUUGUUCCUGCCUCUCUAGAUGUGAAGAGCUUCUUCGGAAAGAUAGUUUGAGCCAUAACCUUCAUGACUGAACUGAUCUUUUUCACAAUUCAGAGUUCAUAUCAUCAUUUCUGGCUUCAAACAAUUUUUCAUUGCUACAUUUGUAUCUCAUUUUUCAUGAAAAAACCUCCAGGGUUGAUUUCUUUGCUUACUGUCCUAUACAUUGCUUCCUCAGUAAUCUAAGUUCUCUGCUGAACACCUACACACCACGCUCUCUUGACCUGCUGUCUGUCUCUAAAAAAGUUUCAUGUCCCAUUUGCACUUGCAAUAGAAUGUGCAAAGAGACAGUAAUGAAGUACUUAAGAUUCAUGCACCAUCAGCCUUAAAACCUUCAACCCACACACAGAGAUGCAUUCAUACAAUUCAAGUGAAAGAGAUUUGGACACUACUAUCAACAUGGGGGGUCAAAAAUACCAUAAAGUUCUUUCAGCUGUGUUUAGGAAGUAACAACAAUAAUAAAAAAUAGCAUUCUUGGCCAAGUCACUUAUGGAUGAAGAAAACUCCCCUAUGGCAUAAGUUGAAUGAAAUCCUAAGGAUGGGGUUGCAUUUGGCCCCAGAUUGUUCCCUUUGAUCAGGUCAUUAUCCUUGUAUGUACCAAUAAGUGUUCAUUUGGUCUUCCUGUGUAAAAAUACAAAAACAUCCCUUAGUUUACCAAGUGAUUCAUUUGGGACUGGAGGUUCACAGCAAUGGAAUUAGUAUGUACAGCACCUCAAUCUUUUUCCUAGAUCAGAUGCAAAAGGGAGGGUUAUUAUUCAGUAACCCCACAGAGCUAAUAGUGUCAAUAGAGGUCCUAUACUUAAAAGGAAUAAAAAUACCAGUGCUAGCAAGCAAACAUUAGUUCCUUAAGUCUUUUCUUUUGCCUUCUUUUCAAAAGCUUUUAAAUGCAAAAAUUACUUUUCUUCCAGAAUAAAAAUAAUCAUCUAAAGAUCUAAUUUCCAAUAGUUUUCUGUGCAUUUAUAUACUAUGUAGUGUUUAGGCAACACCUAUGUUAUAAGUUUAUUAAUAUUAUGUAAGUGUUGUUCUUGUAUUUAUGUAUAGUGUAUGUAUUGUAAAUAUACUCAGAGCUUUUUUUCCUCUUACUGUAAAAUGGUGAUUUUUUUCCCUAUGAUAAUGUAAAGGGAGUCCCCUAAUGAAAUUCUGUCAGAGGAUGAUUAUUCCAGUCUAUUCUCAAAGAUUUAAAUGAACAAGUGUUAUCGUUUUUAAUGGUGUCUCAGACAUAUUUUGUUGGUGCAUUGCUUUUCUGUAUUCAACUUUCCUAUGAAUUGAGCUGUGAAUUGAAAUAGAGUUUAAACCUUUAAAUGUAUGCAUUUGUAUAAUUAUCUGAAUGGAGGCAUGAAGGUUCAAUAAAGCAUUUUGUAUGGAA